AUGAUCAAUAAUCCUAAGGUAGACAGUUUAACGGAGAAAGCCAAGGCUGCCAACUCUAAAGAGUUGGAGCAGGCGGCUUCGCCAGAGCCGGCCCCUGUCCCCCCUGCUGGUAGGCAGCAGUAUCCAAUCACGUUCAACUUGACUUCCAGUUCGCCUUUCCACCUUCGUGACCGUCAUCGUUAUUUGCAGGAUCAAGAGCUUUACAGGUGCGCUUCUAGGGACUCGUUGUCUUCCUUACAACAACUUGCCCAUACGCCUAAUGGGUCGACCAGGAAGAAAUACAUGGUGGAGGAUCAGUCUCCGUAUUGGCCGGAAAAUCCGGCCAUUGCGGCCCCCUCUCCUAACCCCACGACUUGCAUCAACUACCUGAGACCAAGAAUGCAGUUCACAGGCUACCAGAUCUCGGGGUACAAGCGAUAUCAGGUUACAGUAAACUUGAAAACGGUUCAUUUACCGACAGGCCGCUGUACCUCGCUGUCCCCUCAUUUAUCCGGAUUUUUGUCGAUAAGAGGUCUCACCAACCAACACCCGGAAAUCAGUACGUAUUUUGAAGCUUACGCCGUGAACCACAAAGAAUUAGGCUUUUUGUCCUCCAGUUGGAAAGAUGAACCCGUCCUAAACGAAUAUAAAGCCACAGAUCAAACUGACUUGGAACACUGGAUAAACUUCCCUUCUUUCAGACAGCUCUUUUUAAUGAACCAAAAAAAUAGCAUUAACUUAACUCAUGACAGUACUGCUACGAGUGCAAUUAAGGACUCUCAACCACAACAGCAAUUACCCACUACGUCGAGCACGGACGCUAAUAACAUAUCAAGGAUUUUCAGCCAAGAAAAGCAAUUCGGUGACUAUCUAGAUGAAAGAUUUAUAUUCAUGAAAUGGAAGGAGAAGUUUUUAGUGCCAGACGCCCUACUGAUGGAAGGCGUAGACGGCGCGUCUUACGAUGGAUUUUAUUACAUUGUCCAUGACCAAGUUACCGGUAACAUUCAAGGGUUCUACUACCACCAGGAUGCCGAAAAAUUCCAACAACUGGAACUCGUACCGUCGCUAAAGCACAAAAUCGAGUCCAGCGAUUGUUCCUUUGAAUUUGCUUGA